CCUCUGAAACUCCCCAAAACCCAAAAUUCCCAAACCAAAAACACGCUUCAUCAACCAAGAACCCCCAUACCCACUUUCUCUCUCCUCCAUUUCUCAUUCAAUCUGUUAAUGUAGAGAGAGAGAGAUUUCAGCAAGGAAUGCACUUUUUGUUGAGGUUGAACUACUAGAGCCUAAACAAUAGUGCCUAAACUAUAGAGCCUAGAAGAAGACUCGGUCAUCAGACAUCUAGAGGUUACUGAUGGAAACUGGAGGAUCACCAGCUGUUGCAGUGCGAAAUACUGUCCUCACACCAAAAUCUAUUGUAUAUCAAAAAUUUGGUUCCAAGGCCAGCUAUGAAAUUGAGGAAAUACAGGAAUCUGCUCAAAAUGAAUGCCCGGGAUUGGCUAUCACACAAAAAGGUCCUUGCCUGUAUCGCUGCUCUUUGCAGCUACCAGAAAUUUAUGUUGUCUCGGGAAUCUUUAAAAAGAAGAAGGAAGCUGAGCAAAAUGCUGCUGAAUUGGCCUUGGAAAAGCUUGGCAUCAAUCCUACAUCAAGUAACCCCACUCAGCAAGAUCCAUGGGAUGCUUUAGUCGGUCGUGUCAAGUUUUUGUUCUCAGAUGAGUUCCUUAGUUCUCUUCAUCCACUAAGUGGUCACUUGAGAGCAGCCUUGCAGAGAGAAGGCGAUCUCUAUGGUUCAAUCCCUGCUUCAGUCAUUGCUGUACUUGAUGCUAAAGUUUCCAGUCUAAGUAAAGUAAUCGAUUCUAAGGUGGAGUUAAAUCCAUACCUGGUUAUACCUUAUGUCAUGAAGGCUGCGGCCCAAUUAUCAGGGAUUGUCAUUACUUCUGCGGAGCAACAUUGGAUUAGGAGGCAAAAUCCUUACCCUCCUGAAAUUAUAGAUUCAGCUAUUGAAGAAUCUGGUUCCCCAAGAAGCUUUUUGAUAAAGGCCAUAUAUAUACCAUGUUCAAAUGAGAAGACCGUUGAUGUCGUAAACCUUAAUGUUUCUUCAACAGGGUAUUAUCUGGAUGUUGUUGCAAACCAACUGGGUUUGGUGGAGGCUUCUAAGGUUCUGAUUACGAGGCCCAUUGGUAAAGCUUCUUCUGAAGGAAGGUUAUACUUUCCUGCUUUGCAGGCAUCUUUGUUGGAACCGUCUUCAGAUAUUGGCAAAAACCCUUGUCAUUCGGAGGGAUCUUGUAAUGCAAGGGCAAGUUACUUGUCUGGUGAGCAUAUAUAUGGUGAUGCAAUUUUUGCAUCCAUUGGAUAUACGUGGAAGUCUAAAGAUCUUUGGCAUGAAGAUUUAAGCAUGCAAUCAUAUUACAGGAUGCUUCUGGGCAAGGUACCUAGUGGAGUGUACAAGUUAUCCAGGGGGGCAAUACUUACGGCUGACUUACCUUUAGCAUUUACUACUAGGGCAAACUGGAGGGGUUCCUUUCCAAGAGAUAUCCUCUGUGCAUUCUGCCGUCAGCACCAUCUUUCUGAACCUGUUUUGUCUCCUCUAAGUAUCUCGGAAGCACUGUGUGAGCCAUCAGGAUCACACAAAAAGUUGAAGGUGAUAGACUCGGCUGUCGAAGGGACACACUGUGUGAAUGGAUGUGCAGUUGCUGAUGGUGCUAAGGAAGCAGCAGAAUCAGGAGGCAUGUUUAGGUGUGAAGUAAAGAUAAACUCAAAGUCUCAGGAUUUGAUUAUAGAAUGUUCUCCAAAAGAAUCUUAUAAGAAGCAGAGUGAUUCAAUCCAGAAUGCGUCUUUGAAAGUUCUUUUGUGGUUAGAUGCAUAUUUCAAGAAUCUAGAUAUGCCUGUAGAGAGAUUAGAGAGCUAUGCCCAUGAACUUGACAUUAAAUUUUAUCGUCAAAGUUUUUUCAAAGCAUUUGUGCUUUGUCAAUCUAUUCGAAUGUUCCAGCACAGUGAUAGUAAAGAAGGCAGGUCACAUGACUCAAAUUCUAUGCCAGGGCACGGGAUAAUUUCUCUAGACAUAGUUGGCCCAGAUUCUGGUGUCUCCCCGUCUAAUGGGUCCUUAUCAUGUAUAAGCUAUUCGGCGACAUUGGUGAUCGAAAGUGAAAAGAAGAGAGAACUUCUGGAAAGCAGUGAUGAGUUUGAGUUUGAGAUUGGAUCACGAUCAGUGAUUUCUCAAGUUGAAGCAGCUGUGACGCAAAUGACUGUGGGACAGUCAGCUUUUUUAUGUAUGAACUUGCCCCCUCAAGACUUUGUUUUAGCUGCUGCUGAUGAUUCUGGAAAUAUGCUUCCAUUGUUAUCAUCAAAAGACUGCAGGUUGCAGUACACAAUAACUUUGAUUCGAGUGACAGAACCUCUGGAAGACAGAAUGGAGCAGGCUCUUUUCAGUCCUCCGCUUUCAAAACAGCGGGUUGAAUAUGCAUUACAACACAUUAAGCAAUCUUGUGCUGCUAAUUUGGUUGAUUUUGGAUGUGGCUCUGGAAGUUUGUUGGAUUCUUUGCUGAAUUAUCAGACUUCUCUAGAAAAAAUUGUUGGUGUUGAUAUCUCACACAAGAGUCUAAUACGUGCAGCAAAAACACUCCAUUCAAAAUUAAACACAAACUCAGAUGCUGAUGUCCCAUCGAAGGGCAUAACAUCUGCAAUUCUCUAUGAUGGUUCCAUCACAGGUUUUGAUUCUCGGCUGUGUGGAUUUGACAUUGGCACUUGUUUAGAGGUGAUUGAGCAUAUGGAGGAAGAUCAAGCAUGGUUGUUUGGCCAUGUUGUGUUGAGCUACUUUUGCCCAAAGGUUCUCAUAGUUUCUACUCCGAACUACGAAUACAAUGUCAUACUUCAGAGAUCUAAUCUGUCGAGCCAAGAAGAGGAUCCAGAUGACAAAACUCAGUCACAAUCUAGUAAAUUUCGAAACCACGACCAUAAGUUUGAGUGGACUAGAGAGCAGUUCAAUCACUGGGCAACAGACUUGGCCACGGAGCACAAUUAUAGCGUCGAAUUCAGUGGAGUUGGUGGAUCUGGUGACAUCGAGCCGGGUUUUGCUUCCCAGAUUGCCGUCUUCAGGAGGGAAACAUCUCCUCUCGUAGACGAUUCCCCAAAGGUUGCGGAUUUGGAGCAUCAAUACAAUGUUGUAUGGGAAUGGGAUAGUAAUAAUAGAUCGUGUUCUGCUUUCUGACAACCUAACCACACUGAUGUUGCAGUUUUUGCGUGCAUCAACCAGGAAAUUUUGAUGGAUUUAUUGACAUGGUUUUACGCUUUAAGGUUGGUUGGUUGGUUUUGUUUUUUGGUUUUUUUUUUUUGGGUCGAAACAAUUACAUAUGUUAUCAUUAGAUGCAAUUGUAUGACGCUUAGGUGGAUAGCUAUGUCCAUACACAAGUAUAUUGACUGUUAAUAAACAAAAUUUUCGGGUACAUUUUCUACGUAGAAAAGUGUAACGCUCUUUUGUUUCCGAUUAAGUAUUAA